AUGAGAGAAGACGCGCUGGGGCUGACGGGUGACCGCGGGGAACGCCUCAUCACCAACGCCAGAUCUGCAACUAUUCUCCCAAUAUCAUGGCUGAAGGAAGCUGCUUCGGUGCGUUGUAAGCUAACAUUCAAGUUCAGUGGAACCAGCAGGACGGCCACCUCAGCUCCUGGACCCGGCUCUCUCUUCACAGACACAGCAGCUCUUUGGUUUUAG